AUGAAAUGCUACCCCGCCAUUACACGCUUCCGGCAGAAGGAUAACAAGACACCCAAAGCGAAUGAACCCAUUCGCUUCGAAGUCAAACUCUCAGUGCUUCAACAUUCCGUAGACUCGCACACUUCCAAAGAGGGCGUUUCUCCAAAUUUGUCUGCAGCGCAUAUGGAUGAACUGAGAGAACGCUUGAAAUACUUGACGAACAACACUACUGAGAUCAAAUGGUUCGGGAAGAACCGACUCAUCGUCCGGUUCGAAAAGAUUAGAGAGAACGAAUAUCCCACGCUGGGCAUCGUCCGGCCAGACUUUUGA